CUGAAUCGACAAAUUUCACUGACUAGACAAAGCAUGAACUUUGCUGCAUUAUGAGAUGAUUUAAAAGCGCCCAACGCUUUAGUUGAGCUUCCAUUUCAAUUAAGAGGACAGCGCUUAGUGGACACACCCAACAUUUUGAAUUUUUAAACAAAUUAAAAAAUAAAAGUAAAUUCGAUCAAGGAUGUCCACACUAACGCGACGCUGCUGGCGCAAUCUACUCAAGAGCGCACGAGCGCUGCAACAAGGCGCACUCUUACGGCACAUUAGCGCCACAGUGCGCGCCGAGGAUCAAAUGUUGCUGAUCAAGGAGCACGCACAGCAGCCGAAUUCCAUGAUUUUCCCCGGCAUUUGGCUGCGUGACAAUUGUCAGUGUGGAGAGUGUUUUCAUCGUGAUUCGUUGAGUCGCAAACCGCUGCGUUGGAAUAAUUUUGAUACAAAAGUGAAAGUGCGAGACAUAACGGUGGACGAAUCACGUCAGUUAGUGAAUAUUCUGUGGACCGAUGAACAUCGCUCGAGUUUUGCACUAAGCUGGUUAAAAGAUCGUGACUUUUCGCCUAAAAAUCGUGAGGAAUACUUAAGUGAGUGGUAUCGUCCGGCGUCGAAACAUUGGGGCAAGGAUGAUUUUAACAAUUUAUUAAAAAAAUUUGAUUAUUGGGAUGUGAUGCGCAGUGAUGCAGUACUCAUGGAAUGGCUAGAGACCGUAGCUGUACACGGCAUCGCUAUGCUUCAGAACUCACCGCUGGACAUCGGCGUGGUGAAGUCAUUGGCCAAUCGAAUCGGGUUCAUACGCAAGACUACUUAUGGCGAAGAAUUUAGCGUGCGUUCACGCCCUGGCGCUAAAAAUUACUCCUACCUCUCCGAACCGCUGCCGCUGCACACCGAUCUGCCCUACUAUGAGUACAAACCCAGCGUGACGCUUUUGCACACGCUCGAACAAUCGCGCUCCAAAGGCGGCUGGAAUCAGUUGGUGGAUGCCUUUAACAUCGCCGAUCAGCUGCGUGUCAAUCAUCCGGCGCAUUUUGAAACGCUCUCACAGACACUUGUCAAUUGGUGUGACAUCGGCAUGGAUGCCGAUAAGUCUUUCCAUAAUAUGUGGCGCGCGCCAGUUAUUAACUUGGAUGCCGAUGGCAAAUAUACACGCAUCAAUCACAGCGUUCCACAACGUGACAGCCACUUCAGCAUCGAUGUCGAUAAGGUGGUGCCUUGGUAUGAGGCGAAUGCCACAUUCGUACGCAUGGCUCACGAGCAAUCGGUCACCUUUAAAACGGUACCGGGCGACGUGUUGUCCUUCAACAAUUUACGCAUGCUACACGGUCGCACCGGCUACGAUGACACCGAACGAAAUGUGCGUCACAUUGUUGGCGGCUUCGUUGACUGGGAUAUCGUUUACUCGAAGAUGCGUGUGCUGAAGCGUGCGGCGAUUUCGGCCGAGACGGAGCAGGAUAUGGUGAUGCAUGCGUCGUGAAACAAUAGAUGCGGGCGGGCGAGUAUUGGUGUGUUGUAAAUUGACUUUGCUUAUUUUAGUAUUAAGUUUCUGUAGAUUCAAGUGAUGAUUGAGGCGCAAAUAAAUUAAAGGAAAUUUAAGAA